AGAGAAGCGCGAUGGAUGCCGCCGAGCGCAGCGACUACGCCGGCGUCCACGCCUACUUGUCGACGUGGGUAGACGGAGCCUACGGCAAUGUCAACAUCGCCGAUCCGGCGAAGCGAACGAACGAGUACACGCACACGCUCGUGCACGCAACGCUCAUCGGCUUCCAGAAGGGGCGCCACGCCAUUGAGAAUGACACGGCCCUCGACGACGCGGCCAAAGACAUCAUGGUCGAGAAACUCUGCCAAGCCCAGCUCAAGAUUCUGGACCUUAUUCUGCUCACCCGAUUUGACAUUACCGAAGUGUGCAGCCAGGACGCGUACGUGCUUAUCAACAACGCUUCGUGGCAAAUCACGACGCUGCCGACCUUGACGAUGCGAUGGGUCGAGCCACCGUACACAGUCGCGUUCCUCGAGUGCCUCACGCAUCCCGAUCGCACUGAGAGCGGCAUCAAGCCCGACAUGUGCGACCUCGUGCCCGGCCAGCCGUGCGUCUUCGAGGCGAUCCAGCGCGGCAAUUUUGACGCCGCCGAGUUCUUCUUCGCGCGUGGUAUCGACGUGGCCAUCACGAACGAGGACGGCGAGGGCCUCUUGUACAACGCCGUCGUGCGCUGCGACCUGCCUGCGCUUCAGUUCCUGCUCGGUCGAGACGGCAUCAACGUCAACCAGACCACUCACGGGAGUCAAGAAACGCCGCUUCUGGUUGCCGUGGGCAUGCGCGCAGCGGACAUCGUGCAAGUCUUGGUCGACCAUGGCGCCGAUCCGUCGUUGCCGGACCUGGAUAACAACACGCCCCUUACGAUUGCCGUCAAGCGCAACUACAAGGAGAUUGUGGCCAUGCUCCAGCGCAACGACGUCCUUACCCGCGAAAACCAUGUCUUGGGUACUGGCGCCGUAAGCACCGUGUACCGGGGCGCGUUCAAAGGUCUCGACGUGGCCGUCAAGGUGUUUAAUCAGGUGUACGACUCGUCGAUUUGGACCGAAAUCCGAUUUCUCUCGAGUCUCCAGUCCGAGUACAUUGUCAAGCUCAUCCACGUCGACAUCAACCUCGACGAGAGGCGCGUCUCGUUCGUUCUCGAGCUCAUGGCCAUGAAUUUGCGCGAGCGCCUCGGACAAAAGAACAAGAAGCUCUCGCUGGCUGAGAAGGUCCGCAUCGCGCUUGAUGUCAUCCAAGGCGUCGCCUACCUGCACGAGAAGCAGAUUCUGUACUGCGACCUCAAGCCGGAAAACGUGCUUGUCACCAAGAACGGCCGCGCCAAGCUCGCCGACUUUGGCAUUAGCCAGCAGAGCACGCGCGGCGACGCGAAAAUAGAAGGCACGCCGCAGUACAUGGCACCCGAGCUCACGGGCUACCCAGCCGCCGCACCCUCGGAGGCGUCGGACGUCUAUGCAUUUGGCAUCCUCCUCACCGAGCUCGAUGCCAACACGGGCGAGGUACCGUAUGUGAACGUUGAUUACGAUAGCCCCUACGCGCUUUGGGCUCAAGUCCGAGGCGGUCUGCGCCCCGAGCUCCGUGACGAUUGCCGUCCAUGGUUUCGGGAGCUAGCGGCCAACUGCAUGGCGACGCUUCCAGGCGACCGCCCCACGGUGUCGACGAUCAUUGACACGCUCAAGGCAAAGUUGCAGUAG